AUGGAGUUACUGAGAGCAUGCAGAGAGCAUCGAGGAGGACGAGAUGAGCAGAGGAGAGAGUAGCGAGAGAGAGAGAGACGCUAUGAAUUCUAGAGAGAGCUGAAACUCUAGAAUACCUUUUCAUUGUAAUUAAGAAGGCAGUUACUUUUGUACACAUAUGAAAUUAAACCUCAAAACAUCCUUACAAUUCAAAGCACUGGAAACCCAAGAGCUGAACCCUGAAACGAGUCCCCUCUGUCAGCUGUUGCAAACACUAAUCAACCCUAUUAUCUAAACACAAUCAAACUGUUACAGAAAUGAAAACCUCCUAUUUGACAAAUUGGGAAAAUGAAACAAAAACACAGAAUUAAAAAAAAAUCUAUUUGACCUCAAAAGAGAACACAAAUGGUCAGAAAAUCUCUACUCUGUCAGAGAUAUAAAACAGAGACAGAUCCUGACUAAAUACAGGCUCAGCCACCAACUGGCUGUGGAAAAGAGGAGACCCAUAAAGACAUGGCUACCCAAAGAGGAGCGUCUGUGGUCACUGAACGACAGGGGAGGUAGAGACAGAGAUAAACUGGGAGAAAUACUCCCAAAGAAGAUCAUAUUAUUUCAAUAAAAUAUCUCGAUCAAUUCCCAACUUCUGUGCAUUUACUAAUAACAUCAAGCUGGGGAUUAUUAUGGGUGAGGGAGAAACUUCAAAUAUUACUGCCAGAUAUGUAUCUGAUUGCCGUAGCCUGAGGGACGUCCCAUGACCAUUAAUUCCCUGAAGUAUUUCCAUUGUAUAUAGCUGACAGUAAUACAGAGUGGAACCAUCAGUAAUACAGAGUGGAACCAUCAGUAAUACAGAGAGGAACCAUCAGUAAUACAGAGUGGAACCAUCAGUAAUACAGAGUGGAACCAUCAGUAAUACAGAGUGGAACCAUCAGUAAUACAGAGGGAACCAUCAGUAAUACAGAGGGAACCAUCAGUAAUACAGAGUGGAACCAUCAGUAAUACAGAGUGGAACCAUCAGUAAUACAGAGUGGAACCAUCAGUAAUACAGAGUGGAACCAUCAGUAAUACAGAGUGGAACCAUCAGUAAUACAGAGUGGAACCAUCAGUAAUACAGAGUGGAACCAUCAGUAAUACAGAGUGGAACCAUCAGUAAUACAGAGUGGAACCAUCAGUAAUCAGAGUGGAACCAUCAGUAAUACAGAGUGGAACCAUCAGUAAUACAGAGUGGAACCAUCAGUAAUACAGAGUGGAACCAUCAGUAAUACAGAGUGGAACCAUCAGUAAUACAGAGUGGAACCAUCAGUAAUACAGAGUGGAACCAUCAGUAAUACAGAGUGGAACCAUCAGUAAUACAGAGUGGAACCAUCAGUAAUACAGAGUGGAACCAUCAGUAAUACAGAGAGGAACCAUCAGUAAUACAGAGAGGAACCAUCAGUAAUACAGAGUGGAACCAUCAGUAAUACAGAGUGGAACCAUCAGUAAUACAGAGGGAACCAUCAGUAAUACAGAGUGGAACCAUCAGUAAUACAGAGUGGAACCAUCAGUAAUACAGAGUGGAACCAUCAGUAAUACAGAGUGGAACCAUCAGUAAUACAGAGUGGAACCAUCAGUAAUACAGAGUGGAACCAUCAGUAAUACAGAGUGGAACCAUCAGUAAUACAGAGUGGAACCAUCAGUAAUACAGAGAGGAACCAUCAGUAAUACAGAGUGGAACCAUCAGUAAUACAGAGUGGGAACCAUCAGUAAUACAGAGUGGAACCAUCAGUAAUACAGAGUGGAACCAUCAGUAAUACAGAGUGGAACCAUCAGUAAUACAGAGUGGAACCAUCAGUAUACAGAGUGGAACCAUCAGUAAUACAGAGUGGAAACCAUCAGUAAUACAGAGUGGAACCAUCAGUAAUACAGAGUGGAACCAUCAGUAAUACAGAGUGGAACCAUCAGUAAUACAGAGUGACAUCAUAAGCAGUAAUACAGAGUGGAACCAUCAGUAAUACAGAGUGGAACCAUCAGUAAUACAGAGUGGAAACCAUCAGUAAUACAGAGUGGAACCAUCAGUAAUACAGAGUGGAACCAUCAGUAAUACAGAGUGGAACCAUCAGUAAUACAGAGUGGAACCAUCAGUAAUACAGAGUGGAACCAUCAGUAAUACAGAGUGGAACCAUCAGUAAUACAGAGUGGAACCAUCAGUAAUACAGAGUGGAACCAUCAGUAAUACAAGAGUGGAACCAUCAGUAAUACAGAGUGGAACCAUCAGUAAUACAGAGUGGAACCAUCAGUAAUACAGAGUGGAACCAUCAGUAAUACAGAGUGGAACCAUCAGUAAUACAGAGUGGAACCAUCAGUAAUACAGAGUGGAACCAUCAGUAAUACAGAGUGGAACCAUCAGUAAUACAGAGAGGAACCAUCAGUAAUACAGAGUGGAACCAUCAGUAAUACAAGAGUGGAACCCAUCAGUAAUACAGAGGGAAACAUCAGUAAUACAGAGUGGAAACCAUCAGUAAUACAGAGUGGAACCAUCAGUAAUACAGAGUGGAACCCAUCAGUAAUACAGAGUGGAACAUCAGUAAUACAGAGUGGAACCAUCAGUAAUACAGAGGGAACCAUCAGUAAUACAGGUGGAACCAUCAGUAAUCAGAGUGGAACCAUCAGUAAUACAGAGUGGAACCAUCAGUAAUACAGAGUGGAACCAUCAGUAAUACAGAGUGGAACCAUCAGUAAUACAGAGUGGAACCAUCGUAAUACAGAGUGGAACCAUCAGUAAUACAGAGGGAAACCAUCAGUAAUACGAGUGGAACCAUCAGUAAUACAGAGUGGAACCAUCAGUAAUACAGAGUGGAACCAUCAGUAAUACAGAGUGGAACCAUCAGUAAUACAGAGUGGAAACCAUCAGUAAUACAGAGUGGAACCAUCAGUAAUACAGAGUGGAACCAUCAGUAAUACAGAGUGGAACCAUCAGUAAUACAGAGUGGAACCAUCAGUAAUACAGAGUGGAACCCAUCAGUAAUACAGAGUGGAACCAUCAGUAAUACAGAGUGGAACCCAUCAGUAAUACAGAGAGGAAACCAUCAGUAAUCAGGUGGAACCAUCAGUAAUACAGAGUGGAACCAUCAGUAAUACAGAGUGGAACCAUCAGUAAUACAGAGUGGGAACCAUCAGUAAUACAGAGUGGAAACCAUCAGUAAUACAGAGUGGAACCAUCAGUAAUACAGAGUGGAACCAUCAGUAAUACCAGAGAGGAACCAUCAGUAAUACAGAGUGGAACCAUCAGUAAUACAGAGUGGAACCAUCAGUAAUACAGAGUGGAACCAUCAGUAAUACAGAGUGGAACCAUCAGUAAUACAGAGUGGAACCAUCAGUAAUACAGAGUGGAACCAUCAGUAAUACAGAGAGGAACCAUCAGUAAUUACAGAGUGGAACCAUCAGUAAUACAGAGUGGAACCCAUCAGUAAUACAGAGUGGAACCAUCAGUAAUACAGAGUGGAACCAUCAGUAAUACAGAGUGGAACCAUCAGUAAUACAGAGUGGAACCAUCAGUAAUACAGAGUGGAACCAUCAGUAAUACAGAGAGGAACCAUCAGUAAUACAGAGUGGAACCAUCAGUAAUACAGAGUGGAACCAUCAGUAAUACAGAGUGGAACCAUCAGUAAUACAGAGUGGAACCAUCAGUAAUACAGAGUGGAACCAUCAGUAUACAGAGUGGGAACCAUCAGUAAUACAGAGAGGAACCAUCAGUAAUACAGAGUGGAAACCAUCAGUAAUACAGAGUGGAACCAUCAGUAAUACAGAGGGAACCAUCAGUAAUACAGAGUGGAACCAUCAGUAAUACAGAGUGGAACCAUCAGUAAUACAGAGAGGAACCAUCAGUAAUACAGAGUGGAACCAUCAGUAAUACAGAGUGGAACCAUCAGUAAUACAGAGUGGAACCAUCAGUAAUACAGAGUGGAACCAUCAGUAAUACAGAGUGGAACCAUCAGUAAUACAGAGUGGAACCAUCAGUAAUACAGAGUGGAAACCAUCAGUUAAUACAGAGUGAACCAUCAGUAAUACAGAGAGGAACCAUCAGUAAUACAGAGUGGAACCAUCAGUAUACAGAGUGGAACCAUCAGUAAUACAGAGUGGAACCAUCAGUAAUACAGAGUGGAACCAUCAGUAAUACAAGUGGAACCAUCGUAAUACAAGUGAACCAUCAUAAUACAGAGUGAACCAUCAGUAAUACAGAGUGGAACAUCAGUAAUACAAGUGGAACCAUCAGUAUAAUAGUGGACCAUCAGUAUACAGAUGAACCAUCAUAAUACAGAGUGGAACCAUCAGUAAUACAGAGUUGAACCAUUCAUAAUACAGAUGGAACAUCAGUAAUACAGAGUGGAACCAUCGUAAUACGAGUGGAACUCAGUAAUACAGAGUGGACCAUCAGUAUACAGAUGAGAACCAUCGUAUCAGUGGAACCAUCAGUAAUACAGAGUGGAACCAUCAGUAAUACAGAGUGGAACCAUCAUAAUACAGAGUGGAACCAUCAGUUAAUACAGAGUGAACCAUCAUAAUACAGAGUGGAACCAUCAUAAUACAGAGGGAACCAUCAGUUAAACGAGUGGAACAUCAGAAUACAGGGACCAUCAGUAUACAGAGUGGAACCAUCAGUAAACAGAGUGGAACCAUCAGUAAUACAGAGUGGAACCAUCAGUAAUACAGAGUGGAACCUCAGUAUACAAGGCCAUCGAUACAGAGUGGAACCAUCAGUAAUACAGAGGAACCAUCAGUAAACAAGGGACAUCGUAACAGAGUUGGACCAUCAGUAUACAGAGUGAACCACAGUAAUCAGAGUGGAACCAUCAGUAAUACAGAGUGGAACCAUCAGUAAUACAGAGUGGAACCAUCAGUAAUACAGAGUGGAACCAUCAGUAAUACAGAGUGGAACCAUCAGUAAUACAGAGUGGAACCAUCAGUAAUACAGAGUGGAACCAUCAGUAAUACAGAGUGGAACCAUCAGUAAUACAGAGUGGAACCAUCAGUAAUACAGAGAGGAAACCAUCAGUAUACAGAGUGGAACCAUCAGUAAUACAGAGUGGAACCAUCAGUAAUACAGAGUGGAACCAUCAUCCAUGGACAUUUUGUUGUUUAUUUAUUAGACAUUCUUUCUUUUUAUAAUUUUAUUUUUAUUUCAUUAAAUGUAUCGCCUGAAGAUUCCACAAAACAACAGCAGUAGUGUUGUACCUGUAUACAUGAUUAUAUGUACUAUUAUUAUUAUUACCACUGAAAUGAACUGGAUUUACUGAAAUACUGGACCACUAUACUGCUAUCAUCAAUCUACAUACAAUACCCCAUAAUCUAAUUAAUAAAUUAAUAUAUAUAUAUAUAUAUAAAUAACUAAUACCCCAUAAUGACUAAUCGAAAACAGGUUUUUAGAGUUUUAAAAAUAAAUAACGGAAAAAUCACAUUUACAGAAGUAUUCAGACCGUUUACUCAGUACUUUGUUGAAGCACCUUUGGCAGCGAUUACAGCCUUGGGUCUUCUUGGGUAUGACGCUACAAGCUUGGCACACCUGUAUUUGGGGAGUUUCUCCCAUUCUUCUCUGCAGAUCCUCUCAAGCUCUGUCAGGUUGGAUGGGGAGCGUUGCUGCACAGCUAUUUUCAGGUCUCUCCAGAGAUGUUCGAUCGGGUUCAAGUCCGGGCUCUGGAUUGGCCACUCAAGGGCAUUCAGAGACUUGUCCCAAAUCCACUCCUGCGUUGUCUUGGCUGUGUGCUUAGGUUCGUUGUCCUGUUGGAAGGUGAACCUUUGCCCCUGUCUGAGGUCCUGAGCGCUCUGGAGCAGGUUUUCAUCAAGGAUCUCUCUGUACUUUGCUCCGUUCAUCUUUGCCUCGAUCAUGACUAGUCUCCCAGUCCCUGCCGCUGAAAAACGUCCCCACAGCAUGAUGCUGCCACCACCAUGCUUCACCGUAGGGAUGGUGCCAGGUUUCCUCCAGACGUGACACUUGGCAUUCGCUUGCAUUCAGGCCAAAGAGUUCAAUCUUGGUUUCAUCAGACCAGAGAAUCUUGUUUCUCAUGGUCUGAGAUUCUUUAGGUGCCUUUUGGCAAACUCCAAGAAGGCCGUCAUGUGCCUUUUACUGAGGAGUGGCUUCCGUCUGGCCACUCUACAAUAAAGGCCUGAUUGGUGGAGCUGCAGAGAUGGUUGUCCUUCUGGAAGGUUCUCCCAUCUCCACAGAGGAACUCUAGAGCUCUGUCAGAGUGACCAUCAGGUUCUUGGUCACCUCCCUGACCAAGGCCCUUCUCCCCCGAUUACUCAGUUUGGCCGGGCGGCCAGCUCUAGGAAGAGUCUUGGUGGUUCCAAACUUCUUCCAUUUAAGAAUGAUGGAGGCCACUGUGUUCUUGGGGAUCUUCAAUGCUGCAAAAAAUGAUUUGGAACCCUUCCCCAGAUCUGUGCCUCGACACAAUCCUGUCUCGGAGCUCUACGGACAAUUCCUUCAAUCUCAUGGCUUGGUUUUUGCUCUGACAUGCACUGUCAACUGUGGGACUUUUUAUAAAUGGGUGUGUGCCUUUCCAAAUCAUGUCCAAUCAAUUGAAUUUACCACAGGUGGACUCCAAUCAAGUUGUAGAAACAUCUCAAGGAUGAUCAAUGGAAACAGGAUGCACCUGAGCUCAAUUUCGAGUCUUAGCAAAGGGUCUGAUUACUUAUGUAAAAAAGGUAUUUCUGUUUUUUAUUUAAACCUGUUUUCACUUUGUCAUAAUGGGGUAUUGUGUGUAGAUUGCUGAGGAGGUAUUUACUUUUAAUCUAUUUUAGAAUAAGGCUGUAAUGUAACAACAUUUGGAAAAAGUCAAGCGGUCUGAAUACUUUCCGAAGGCACUGUAGAUAGAUAGAUAGAUAGAUAGAUAGAUAGAUAGAUAGAUAGAUAGAUAGAUAGAUAGAUAGAUAGAUAGAUAGAUAGAUAGAUAGAUAGAUAGAUAGAUAGAUAGAUAGAUAGAUAGAUAGAUAGAUAUGUGUUGUGAGCGUUCUGUCUCUCCCUCCAGACAUGCCCUGGACAUCAGGGAGCACUAUGAGAGGAAGCUGGAGAGAGCUAACAACCUCUACAUGGAGCUGAGUGCCAUCAUGCUGCAGCUGGAGGUCCGCGAGAAGGAACUCAUCAAGUACGUAUAGAAUGGAUCCUACAUCCUGCUACAUCGAUGCAGAUUGGUGCACAUUCAACAAAUCUGAUCUAAGGGGAUUUCCCUCAAAUCCGUCACUAUUGAUGUUAGUAACAGGGCCCACAACAUGGUCACUUAAGUCCGAUGUGGAUAUAUUUGGCUGUUUUCGCUGCAUAACAUGUAGAAGUUGUACCUUUUCAGGUUUAGAAGAAGUGGCUGCUAAAUGCUAACUCCUUUUCGUAUAAACUGGUAGCAUAGCUAGCAUACAGAAAUCGGUGGUGGUAGUUUUUAACUGAAAUGCAGUUGAUUCGUGACGAUGACAUAUAAUAAUAAUAAUAAUAUGCCAUUUAGCAGACGCUUUUAUCCAAAGCGACUUACAGUCAUGCGUGCAUACAUUUUUGUGUAUGGGUGGUCCCGGGGAUUGAACCCACUACCUUGGCGUUACAAGCGCCGUGCUCUACCAGUUGAGCUACAGAGGACCACAUGAACAUGAACAUGUUUAGGGGUUUACGUCCAUACAAGCAUUAUACUCUGAUUUUUACCUCAACAUAGUGUGAAAUACACACAUAAACAAUAACCUAAAAAUAGACAUAUUUGUCUGGGGGGCAACGAGGAGACUUGGGAUCUUUACCUCACAGCGUUUCCAUGGCAAUUCACCCACGCAUUUCCAUGGCAAUUCCAUUGUUUUGGUCCAGUUCCAUUGACCUCUUUACUGCAUCUCUGUAUGUCGUUUUUACCAGUUUCUCACAGCAGGAAAAUAAUCCUGCAGCAACUGGAAAUGUGAAUUUUUGUGUGGAUUAUAAUUAAUGUAAAUUUCUGUAGGGGUUGAUACAUUUUUAGUUAGGCCAAAUCAAGUCUACAUUUUAAAAUUGGAAAUGACAAACUUAAGAAGCCUUUUUAAACCUCGAAUACAUUACAAGUUUGCAUUUCCUGCUUAGCAGUAUUACACUAGUUAACUAGCAAUAUGGACCCUACAUUAUACUAGUUAACUAGCAAUAUGGACCCUACAUUAUACUAGUUAACUAGCAAUAUGGACCCUACAUUAUACUAGUUAACUAGCAAUAUGGACCCUACAUUAUACUAGUUAACUAGCAAUAUGGACCCUACAUUAUACUAGUUAACUAGCAAUAUGGACCCUACAUUAUACUAGUUAACUAGCAAUAUGGACCCUACAUUAUACUAGUUAACUAGCAAUAUGGACCCUACAUUAUACUAGUUAACUAGCAAUAUGGACCCUACAUUAUACUAGUUAACUAGCAAUAUGGACCCUACAUUAUACUAGUUAACUAGCAAUAUGGACCCUACAUUAUACUAGUUAACUAGCAAUAUGGACCCUACAUUAUACUAGUUAACUAGCAAUAUGGACCCGACAUUAUACUAGUUAACUAGCAAUAUGGACCCGACAUUAUACUAGUUAACUAGCAAUAUGGACCCUACAUUAACUAGCAAUAUGGACCCUACAUUAUACUAGUUAACUAGCAAUAUGGACCCUACAUUAUACUAGUUAACUAGCAAUAUGGACCCUACAUUAUACUAGUUAACUAGCAAUAUGGACCCUACAUUAUACUAGUUAACUAGCAAUAUGGACCCUACAUUAUACUAGUUAACUAGCAAUAUGGACCCGACAUUAUACUAGUUAACUAGCAAUAUGGACCCUACAUUAUACUAGUUAACUAGCAAUAUGGACCCUACAUUAUACUAGUUAACUAGCAAUAUGGACCCUACAUUAUACUAGUUAACUAGCAAUAUGGACCCUACAUUAUACUAGUUAACUAGCAAUAUGGACCCUACAUUAUACUAGUUAACUAGCAAUAUGGACCCUACAUUAUACUAGUUAACUAGCAAUAUGGACCCUACAUUAUACUAGUUAACUAGCAAUAUGGACCCUACAUUAUACUAGUUAACUAGCAAUAUGGACCCUACAUUAUACUAGUUAACUAGCAAUAUGGACCCUACAUUAUACUAGUUAACUAGCAAUAUGGACCCUACAUUAUACUAGUUAACUAGCAAUAUGGACCCUACAUUAUACUAGUUAACUAGCAAUAUGGACCCUACAUUAUACUAGUUAACUAGCAAUAUGGACCCUACAUUAUACUAGUUAACUAGCAAUAUGGACCCUACAUUAUACUAGUUAACUAGCAAUAUGGACCCGACAUUAUACUAGUUAACUAGCAAUAUGGACCCGACAUUAUACUAGUUAACUAGCAAUAUGGACCCGACAUUAUACUUCACUACUGUUAUAGUAAGAACAGGAGAGUGAUGUCAUCAGUGAUGUCAUCAGUGUGCACAGCUGAACACUGUAUGCUGGAAACACUCAGUUUGAUAUUUUUGACUAAAACAUAACCAAUAUUCGUUAAAUAUAAAUACCAAUAUUUGUUAAAUAUAAAUACCUAACUUGUUUUUGCAUGGAUUCCAUGACACGGUUAGCUUUUAACAGCUAGGACCGCUGUUUCUUGUUCUGGAAUCCCGCUUAACAGACAGGUUGAAGCCUGCUUGACAGAGACGCUAAGCUGCUAGCCAUCAAGCUAACGAAGUUAGUACCAGAUGAGUUUUCCAAUGGAGCCUCUUUGUCUGGAGAACUAAAUGAACGGUUCCAGUGGUGUAGGAGCUGUAUCUACUAUGCUUAGUUUUGGGACAAACCGGAUCUCUCAUAGUUCCAAUGCAACAUUGUUCGCUUGCCGAGGAUUAUAGGCUUGAGGUGGCUUCCUUGAUCACGCAGGUCACCAGCCUACGUAAGAAACUGGGGAAAACGCAGAGUGGAAUGUCAACCUUUUCUACGCCGGUGGCUGGACGGCGUUCGCGCUUGUUGGAUGCAUCUCAGCCUUGUCGUUUGUAGUUAUCCGACUGGCCGUUGUUGCCCGGAGCGAAUCUCCCCCAUCUGAUAGCAGAGUCGAAGGAGCACAGCAAGAGGACCAUGGCAAUCAACGAUGGUCGCAUGUCACGAGCCGUGGAAGCCGAAGACCUCCCGCAAAGCAGUCUACACUCCCAACGAGAGGCCCGGAGCGGAUACAAACAACAAAUAGUUUCGCCGUCCUGGAGCCUGAUCUUCCUGCUCCUUCGUGGCUGGGGGUGCCUGUGUCUGCGGCCGCAGUGCCUACUCCUCCUAUGAUUUAGAAGUCGACGUCGGCAACCUUCUGUCCCUGCUCUGGAUCGAGCGGGGCUUCUCCAUCUGUUGGAGGCCUGCACCAGGUGCCGGGAGCAACGGGCUCAAGUUAUCCUGCCUCUCGCAUGUCCAUAAAGGGUUCUCCAAAUCCCGUGAAGCGUGUGAGUGGGCGGAUUUCCUCGUCCUUCUCGCCAGCCGUGAUUUUAGUCCGCUCCAUGUUAAGAAAUGUUAUUGUUCCUGGUGCGUAAACAAUGUCUUAUCUCGGAGCCCGAGUAAAUUACAUUACUAAGCUGCUCCCGAAUGUACUACGCCAGGACAUGGAAAUCGAUUCUAUCGUAGUCCAUGUGGGUUUUAAUGAUUAUGAAGGGCAGCUCUGAACAGUUGAAACUGGGUUUAAAAUAACUGAUUGACUCUCUGCUAGACACUAACAAAAGACCCAUCAUAUCUGGCCCUGUGCCCUCUCUGAAUCAUGGCAUCAUAUCUGGCCCUGUGCCCUCUCUGAAUCAUGGCAUCAUAUCUGGUCCUGUGCCCUCUCUGAAUCAUGGCAUCAUAUCUGGUCCUGUGCCCUCUCUGAAUCAUGGCAUCAUAUCUGGCCCUGUGCCCUCUCUGAAUCAUGGCAUCAUAUCUGGCCCUGUGCCCUCUCUGAAUCAUGGCAUCAUAUCUGGCCCUGUGCCCUCUCUGAAUCGUGGCAUUGAAUGCUUUAGCAGGAUUCUUUCUCUUCACAACUGGCUACGUGAUUAUUGCAGCUCAAUGAGUGUAACUUUUGUUGACAAUUUCGAUAUCUUUCGGAAACAAAACACGUUUUAUAAGGAGGAUGGGAUCCACCCAAAUCAUUUGGGUUCCUGGAUCCUUUCACAGCAUUAUAAGGCUGCGUUGAGACAAUGACUUAUCAAUGACCCAAGCCCAGCUCAGUUAAUCGCUACCAUUGUGAUGCUGAGUUGUCAUAAUGCUUUAGCAAAUGUACAUUAUACCAGGGGCAUUGGUAAACACAAUGUAAGUAACUUAAUUUAUGUUCCCCUAAUUGCCCUGAAUACCUCUGCUGAUCCUACAGCUACUGUAUGCAGUAAUCAUAUCCCUAUGAACCAGAGUUAUACUGUUAGCACUGAGGUGGUGUGCCCUAGUAGGAAGACCACUGUGUGCAGCUCACCCUGCACUAUCAGCUCCAAUAUAAAUAACAUGAGCAUGUCUACUUCUGCUACGCUUCCCAGUAAAGCAAUGAAAACAAGUAAGCAUCCCAGAAGAAAAGUGCUCAAAAUAGCCCACGUUAACAUAUGUAGCCUAAGAAACAAGGUUCAUGAAAUCAGUAAUUUGCUAGUAACAGAUGACAUCUCUGAAACUCACUUAGAUAAUACCUUUGAUACAGUGGUAGCAAUACAAGGUUAUAACAUUUAUAGAAAAGACAGGAAUGCCAGUGGUGGAGGUGUUGCUGUUUAUAUUCAGAACCACAUUCUUGUAAAGCUCAGAGACGAUCUCGUGUUAAAUACUGUUGAAGUAAUAUGGCUACAGGUUCAUCUGCCUCACCUAAAGCCCAUUCUGGUGGGAAGUUGCUAUAGACCACCAAGUGCUAACAGUCAGUAUCUGAAUAACAUGUGUGAAAUGCUUAAUAAUGUAUGUGAUAUCAAUAGAGAGGUAUAUAUUCUGGGUGAUUUAAAUAUUGACUGACUUUCAUCAAGCUGCCCACUCAAGAAAAAGCUUCAAACUGUAACUAGUGCCUGCAACCUGGUUCAGGUUAUCAAUCAACCUACAAGGGUAGUUACAAACAGCACAGGAAUGAAAUCAUCAACAUGUAUUGACCACAUCUUUACUAAUGCUGCAGAAAUUAGCUUGAAAGCAGUAUCCAGAUCCAUAGGAUGUAGUGAUCCCAAUAUAGUAGCCAUAUCUAGGAAAACCAAAGUUCCAAAGGCUGGGCCUAAUAUAGUGUAUAAGAGGUCGUACAAUAAGUUUUGUAGUGAUUCCUAUGUUGUUGAUGUAAAUAAUAUUUGCUGGUCUGUGGUGUGUAAUGAGGAGCAAACAGACGCUGCACUUGACACAUUUAUGAAAUUGCUUAUCCCAGUUACUAAUAAGCAUGCAUCCAUUAAGAAAAUGACUGUAAAAACGGUUAAAUCACAGUGGAUUGAUGAGGAAUUGAAACAUUGUAUGGUUGAGAGGGAUGAGGCAAAAGAGAUGGCAAAUAGGUCUGGCUACACAACCGAUUGGCAAACGUAUUGCAAAUUGAGAAAUCAUGUGACUAAACUGAAUAAAAAGAAGAAGAAACUACACUAUGAAACAAAGAUAAAUGACAUAAAGAAUGAUAGUAAAAAGCUUUGGAGCAGCUUAAAUGACAUUUCGGGGAAAAGGGCAAACAGCUCCAUCAUUCAUUGAAUCAGAUGGCUCAUUCAUCACAAAACCGACUGAUAUUGCCAACUACUUUAAUGAUUUUGUCAUUGGCAAGAUUAGCAAACUUAGGCAUGACAUGCCAGCAACAAACGCUGACACUACACAUUCAAGUAUAUCUGCCCAAAUUAUGAAAGACAAGCAUUGUAAUUUUGAAUUCCGUAAAGUGAGUGUGGAAGAGGUGAAAAAAUAAUUGUUGUCUAUCAACAAUGACAAGCCACCGGGGUCUGACAGCUUGGAUGGAAAAUUGCUGAGGAUAAUAGCGGACGAUAUUGCCACUCCUAUUUGCCAUAUCUUCAAUCUAAGCCUACUAGAAAGUGUGUGCCCUCAGGCCUGGAGGGAAGCAAAAGUCAUUCCGCUACCUAAGAAUAGUAAAGCCCCCUUAACUGGCUCAAAUAGCCGACCAAUCAGCCUGUUACCAACCCUUAGUAAACUUUUGGAAAAAAUUGUGUUUGACCAGAUACAAUGCUAUUUUACAGUAAACAAAUUGACAACAGACUUUCAGCAUGCUUAUAGGGAAGGACAUUCAACAAGCACAGCACUUACACAAAUGAGUGAUGAUAAAAAUAUUUCAGUGUGGCUUUUGACACUACAUUUACAAUUACAUUUACGUCAUUUAGCAGACGCUCUUAUUCAGAGCGAUUUACAAAUUGGUGCAUUCACCUUAUAGCCAGUGGGAUAACCACUUUACAAUAUGUCUUUUUUUUUUUUUUUGGGGGGGGGGGGGUAGAAGGAUUACUUUAUCCUAUCCCAGGUAUUCCUUAAAGAGGUGAGGUUUCAAGUGUCUCCGGAAGGUGGUGAGUGACUCCGCUGUCCUGGCGUCGUGAGGGAGCUUGUUCCACCAUUGGGGUGCCAGAGCAGCGAACAGUUUUGACUGGGCUGAGCGGGAACUGUGCUUCCGCAGAGGUAGGGGGGCCAGCAGGCCAGAGGUGGAUGAACGCAAUGCCCUCGUUUGGGUGUAGAGACUGAUCAGAGCCUGAAGGUACGGAGGUGCCGUUCCCCUCACAGCUCCGUAGGCAAGCUCCAUGGUCUUGUAGCAGAUGCAAGCUUCAACUGGAAGCCAGUGGAGUGUGCGGAGGAGCGGGGUGACGUGAGAGAACUUGGGAAGGUUGAACACCAGACAGGCUGCGGCAUUCUGGAUGAGUUGUAGGGAUUUAAUGGCACAGGCAGGGAGCCCAGCCAACAGCGAGUUGCAGUAAUCCAGAUGGGAGAUGACAAGUGCCUGGAUUAGGACCUGUGCCGCUUCCUGUGUAAGGCAGGGUCGUACUCUCCGAAUGUUGUAGAGCAUGAACCUAUAGGAUCAGGUCACCGCCUUGAUGUUAGCGGAGAACGACAGGGUGUUGUCCAGGGUCACACCAAGGCUCUUUGCACUCUGGGAGGAGGACACAACGGAGUUGUCAACCGUGAUGGCGAGAUCAUGGAACGGGCAGUCCUUCCCCGGGAGGAAGAGCAGCUCCAUCUUGCCGAGGUUCAGCUUGAGGUGGUGAUCCGACAUCCACACUGAUAUGUCUGCCAGACAUGCAGAGAUGCGAUUCGCCACCUGGUUAUCAGAAGGGGGAAAGGAGAAGAUUAGUUGUGUAUCGUCUGCGUAGCAAUGAUAGGAGAGGCCAUGUGAGGAUAUGACAGAGCCAAGUGACUUGGUGUAUAGAGAGAAUAGGAGAGGGCCUAGAACUGAGCCCUGGGGGACACCAGUGGUGAGAGCACGUGCUGCGGAGACAGAUUCUCGCCACGCCACCUGGUAGGAGCGACCUGUCAGGUAGGAAGCAAUCCAAGAGUGAGCAGCGCCUGAGAUGCCCAGCUCGGAGAGGGUGGAGAGGAGGAUCUGAUGGUUCACAGUAUCAAAGGCAGCAGACAUGUCUAGAAGGACAAGAGCAGAGGAGAGAGAGUUAGCUUUAGCAGUGCGGAGAGCCUCCGUGACACAGAGAAGAGCAGUCUCAGUUGAAUGACCAGUCUUGAAACCUGACUGGUUUGGAUCAAGAAGGUCAUUCUGAGAAAGAUGGCAAGAGAGUUGGCUAAAGACGGCACGCUCAAGAGUUUUGGAGAGAAAAGAAAGAAGGGAUACUGGUCUGUAGUUGUUGACAUCAGAGGGAUCGAGUGUUGGUUUUUUGAGAAGGGGUGCAACUCUCGCUCUCUUGAAGACAUCAUCGAUCAUGGUCUGCUGCUGGAAAAGCGUAUGUGUUAUGGCUUUACACCCCCUGCUAUAUUGUGGAUAAAUAGUUACCUGUCUAACAGAACACAGAGGGUGUUCUUUAAUGGAAGCCUCUCCAACAAAAUCCAGGUAGAAUCAGGAAUUCCCCAGGGCAGCUGUCUAGGCCCCUUACUUUUUUCAAUCUUUACUAACGACAUGCCACUGGCUUUGAGUAAAGAUUUUGUACUGUAGAUAUGGGGUAGUGGUGGAGUAGGGGCCUGAGGGCACACAGUCUGUUGUGAAAUCUGUGAAUUUAUUAUAAUGUUUUUUAAAUUGUAUAACUUCCUUAAUUUUGCUGGACCCCAGGAAGAGUAGCUGCUGCCUUGGCAUGGGGAUCCAUAUCUCCAACAAAACACAGAUCAGUUUGACUGAGUCAUCAGUGUCUCGUUACUAAACUCUGUAACACCCCCCCCCCCUGUAGGAGAGAGCUGGCUGUGGAGAAGAAGUAUCCAGGUAACUACAAGCGUUCCCACCUGAUGCGGCCCAUCGUCAGACCCAACGCCGUAGAGAAACUCAUCAAGAAGAAAGGCAACAUGCCCCCUGCUAAAAGGUCAGAGAUCUCACUUUAUAAAAGAUGAACAUGGUGAACGGCACGUAUGGACAGGGUUUACUUCUCCCUCAUACCAUUUAUGUUCCUUGGAGAGUGUGUUUGUAUUGUUUGAGAAGCAGUGUUAGUAUACUACUGACACCACUCCCUGACCUUUAACCUCUGACCCCUCAAGGCCGGACCUGCUGCGUUCUGAAGGUAUCCCCAGUAUGGAGGUGCUCCCGUCCCCCUCGUCCCUCUCUGCCAGCCCCAAGGUUUCCACGCCACCCGGCAAGCAGAGGUACCGCAGCAAGCCCCGGCACCGUCGGGCCAACAGCAAGGGUUCCCACAGCGACUUCCCCGGGGUUCUGAAGACCGGGCCGGGGGCGGGAGCUACAGAGGAGCAGUACCAGCCCCAGCCUCUAGGGGAGCAGUACCAUCAUCCUGCCACCGGGGGUGCUGUCCAAGAGCACUACGAGCACCACCACCACCCCCCACCAGAGGGCCCUCUGCUGCCCCUGAAGAACAGAGAGGAAGCGGUGGUCAACUGUGCCAACAACCUGAGGUACUUCGGCCCGGCCGCGGCCCUGCGCAGCCCCCAGACAGACCACCUCCAACGCCGCCUGUCGGGCUCCAGCCCUGACAUCAUCUCUACGGCCGUGGUGUCAGACUCACGUCAGCGCAGCACCUCUGUGUCAGGCCCCGGGGGGAGGGGCGGGACACUGUGCCCCUGCUGCCAGGCACACCCCUUCCCAGGCUGCCUGCACUGCCAGGAGACCCCCCCGGCCCCCAGCCACCCAGAGCUGCCACACUACUCCCUGCUGUCCAGAGUACCUGACCCCACGGUGAGAGAGGCCCAGGGGAAGGGAGAGCAGCAGGAGAGCCUCCCACGCCUCAGGCCCCUCAGGAAGGUAAGACAGACAGAGACAGAGAGAAGGAGAGAGAGAAGGAGAGAGAAAGAGAGAAAGAGGGGAGUUUUACCUGUUUCAAAGAUGUACAGUUAUUCAUAUAAAUGCUGAGAUUGCUCCCACAUCACUUCAGAAAGCCUGUCUGAAUGCUUAAAGGGGAUGGUUGAAGUGUUUCCUCUGUAGCCCAGUUCAUUUACACGGCUGACUGUCUUUUAAAAUGCUGGUCUGUGUAGAGUAAAGUCUGUGAAGGAGGCUGGACAGCAGCAGUGAAAGGUUGAUAAUGUCUAACUGUCUUUUAACGUGCUGGUCUGUAAUGCCUCGUCUCUCAGGCUGGUGAUGAGUCGUCAGAGGAGGAGGAGGGAGAGGUGGACAGUGAGGUGGAGUUUCCACGGAGACAGAGGUGAGAGGCUGCUCAUAUGAAUCUUUACUAUAAUAUUAAUCGUUGCUCCUCAGCUAUUCAGGUUCACAAUCAUCCUCUAAUGGGUUCUACCAGUUGACAUAUACAAAUAGAACUGGUUUGAUUACUAUCUGACUGUUGUCUUUUACCCCACAUUAACUCCCUCUCCUCUCCUCUCCUCUCUCUCCCCCCUGCUCUCUCUCUCCCCCCCUCCUCUCCCCCCCUCUCCCUCUCCCUCUCCUCUCUCUCCCUCUCCCCCUCCUCUCUCUCUCUCCCUCUCCUCUCCCCCCCUCCUCUCUCUCUCCCUCUCCCUCUCCUCUCUCUCCCUCUCUCUCCCUCUCCCUCUCUCUCCCUUUCCCUCUCCUCUCUCUCCCUCUCCUCUCUCCCUCUCCCUCUCCCUCUCCUCUCUCUCCCCUCUCCGCUCUCUCUCUCCCUCUCUCUCCCUCCCUCACUCUCUCUCCCUCUCCCUCUCCUCUCUCUCCUCUCCUCUCCUCUCCCUCUCCUCUCGCUCCCCUCUCCUCUCUCUCUCCCCUCUCUCUCUUUCCUCUCCUCUCCCUGUCCCUCUCCCUCUCCUCUCCCUCUCCCGCUCCUCUCUCUCCUCCCUCUCCCUCUCCUCCCCUCUCCCCUCUCUCUCUCUCCCUCUCAUCCUCUCUCCCUCUCCUCUCUCUCCCUCUCUCUCCCUCUCCUCUUUCUCCCUCCUCCCUCUCCCUUUCCUCUCUCUCUCUCUCGUCCUCUCGUCCUCCCCUCUCCUUCCCUCCUCGUACCCUCUCUCUCCUCUCUCUCUCUCUCUCUCUCUUCUCUCUCUCUCUCCUCUCCUCUCCUCUCCUCUCCUCUCCUCUCCUCUCCUCUCCUCUCCUCUCCUCCUCCUCUCCUCUCCUCUCCUCUCCUCUCCUCUCCUCCUCCCUCCCUCCCCUCUCUCUCCCUCUCCUCUCACUCCCUCUCCUCUCACUCCCCCUCCUCUCCUCUCUCCCUCUUCCCUCUCUCUCCUCUGUCUCUCUCUCCUCCCUCAUCCUCCCCCCUCCCUCCCCUCCCCUCCCCCAGACCUCCCCGCUUGUAUGAGGUCGUUCCAGUCCCACUCCACCUUCAGCUCAGAGAACCUGUCUGUGUCUGACGAAGAGGAGGGUAACACCAGUGACCAGUCCCACACCGGACCCCUGGAGCUCCUCUCAGCCUCCCAGGAAGACCACCUGGAGCUCCUCUCAGCCUCCCAGGAAGACCAUCUGGAGCUCCUCUCAGCCUCCCAGGAAGACCACCUGGGGCUCCUCCACCUCCCAGGAGACAAUCCCCCAUCGACAUCAACCCCAGUCAAAAACGGCCGUCUGAUAAGGAGUGUGCUGUCCGCA